UGCGUCGGAUGUUUUUUUCGCCUUGUGAGACGAGCGCAGCGGGAGGCGUCGUUUGCAUCGUCCGGGCCCCGUGUUUUCACCUUUAAAUGAUACCUCGCAGCCGGGAAGGCGUCCUCCACCCGAGCCGAGCGCACCCCGCCGCCGCCGCCGCCGCCGGACACCACCCGACGACAUGGACCUGCACAUACUGGACCACAGGCUGCGGGUCCUCAGCAUAUCCAAGAAGGGGCUGGUGAACUUCACGCACCCGCUGAUUAAACUGAUAUUCCUCCGGAACCGCACGCGAUGCAAGUUCUUCAGUCUGACGGAGACGCCGGAGAACUACACCGUGGUCCUCGACGAGGAAGGGUUCAAAGAGCUCCAGCCCUCCGAGCAUCUCAACGUCGAGAGCUCCGUCUGGCUGCCGCUCAACGUGGUCUCCAACGGCAACGCCUCCAGCAGCUCGCAGGCGGUCGGCGUGACCAAGAUCGCCAAGUCGGUCAUCGCCCCGCUGGCCCAGCAGCACGUCUCGGUCUUCAUGCUCUCCACUUAUCAGACCGACUUCAUCCUGGUGAGGGAGAAAGACCUGUCCGUGGUCAUCGGCACCCUGGAGGAGGAGUUCAACAUCUACAGGGAGGUGGCAGGAGAGUCCGUCCCCGUGCUCUGUCAGGACGUGUCCAACGGCCUCCAGAAGAACGGCAAAGAAGCCACCCAGCCGACGGUUCACCCGGUGCUGAUCCCGCAGAACCAGUUCUGUGUGAUGUCUCUGGACCCGGACACGCUGCCGUCCAUCGCCACCACCCUGAUCGACGUCCUCUUCUAUUCCAACGGCCCUGAGGAGGAUGCACAGUCGUCUCCCAGCCGCAUCAAGUUCUUCUCCUUCUCCCUCAUCGACGGCUACAUCUCUCUGGUGAUGGACACUGAGGCUCAGAGACAGUUUCCUGCUGAUCUUCUCUUCACAAGCUCGUCCGGGGAGCUGUGGAGAAUGGUUCGUAUUGGGGGACAGCCGCUGGGCUUUGAUGAAUGUGGAAUUGUUGCCCAGAUAUCUCAGCCGUUGGCUGACAGCGACAUCUCUGCCUAUUACAUAAGCACCUUCAGCUUCGACCAUGCUUUGGUCCCCGAGGAGGACAUAGUGAGCGUGACCGAGAUGCUCCAGCAUCAGAGGAAAGAACCCGCCGCCAGUUGAUUCCUGAAGUGCGGCCUGAGCUGGAUGACGACCGGCUCAAUUGUGCCGCCCCCUCACGGGGCGAGCGGCCAGCAGGGCGAGAGGCUAACCCCGUGCCUAGGCCAGCACACUGCAUCGCCUGCGGUAUUAACUACUACGAACCUGCCAUGAACACCAGAAGCGCUUCUCCGCGGCGUGCACACACCGUUUGUCCGCGAGGCCUCCCGUCGCACCUAUCGCAUGGCCGAAUGCACUCAGGGGGCCCCCCCCAGACAUCUUUUGUCUUCCAGGAUAACUGAGAAUUUCAAUUUUUUUGACAACCGGUUCGGUUUAAAAGGAAUGUGCAGGUAGUUGUUAUAUAUUAAAACUACUACAAAUUCUGUUAAGCGGGACAGUCGGUUUAGUCGGUGCUUUUUUUUUUAAGAGGUCAGCAUUUCUUAAUCGUAGUAUUACCCAAAGUCAGUAACACUAUGUCUUAUUUCUUGUUAUUUGCACAAUACACUUUUUGAUUUAGCUAAUCUCCCCCAGAUGUUUCCUUUGGUACAACUUUUUGUACAAUUUACAAAUGUAACCCCCGCUAAAAGUAUUCUUUUAAACAUUUGUAAUUUUUGUGUUCUUCAUUCAAUAAAACAUUGAAAAU